AUGGGCGAGGCGGAGGUGCGUUUCCUUACUGCGGAGGGCAACACUGUGUCCACACGCCCGUUGGCACCAGCGGCCGGCCAGCAGCUUAAGGCUUGGAGCAUCGAGCAGGUGUGGCAGGCGGCGCUGGGCGAGCCUCUUGAGCCUCGACCGAGUCGGUCGGCUUCGGAGACGGCUGAGACGGGAGCUGGCGACAGAAUUUGGGCGCCAGCGAUCGCAAAGGUAUGGGAGGACCUGGGAAGUCGACCCGGUUACGGCUACAUGCAGGACAUGUGCAUCAGUGCCGAGGCGGUGGACGUUUUAGGUGCCUGGAUGCGGAACUGGUUGCAGUCGGUGCUCGGAGAGGCUACCAGGCUGGCACGAUACCGUCAAUCAACGGCGAGGGCAUCGAAGGCUGAUGUGCUCCAGAGCCAGUCUCAGACUUUCUUCAGUCUUGCAAGCUUUUUGCAUUUGUUUUUGCCCAGGAUCACAGCUGCAGACAUUCAGUUGGCAGUCACGAUGCGGCUUCGACAAGGUUUGUUGGGACCCGACUCGUCCUGCCUUUGA